GCGGCAUAUAAAUCCAAUAAACAAUAAACAAACAAACAAUGGAAAUGGGAAGAGGUGCAGUCAGGCAGCUGGGAAGACAGUAGAACUGCAGCUGUUCUUUUCAGCCCAGUCUCUCAAACAUAGCCUCAUGGGUGGAUUUCAAUGGGGAAAGUGUGUGUUUUCCCGCACCUCACCCAGAUGGUUCUCAAUGGCACAUCUUAAAGGGUCUACCUUUUCAUUCUCAAUGAAUCCAUGAAUGAGGAUAGAACUGAGAUUCCAAAGCAGCAGUCAAAAUAUGAUCUAUUCAGCAAUCAAGCUACCUGGCUCUAUAGGUGAAACUAUGGGACUAGAGAGAGAGACUGGGGCUAUAGUUCCAAUUUCUCUUUCCCUAGAAUGACUUUCCCUCAUCUCCAGCCAUAUUUUUCCUCUUUUUGCUAUCAUUAUCUGGAUAUGCCUCAUUCAUAUGCCCCACUUCACAUAAUCUUUGCAUUGUUCAUAAACACAAGCUAUGCAUUAAUCUUAUUAUGUAGUACCUGUCUGCAUAUUGCUUGUUGUUAGAUGAAGUACGGACAUCUAUGUAUGUAUUUCUGUAUGUGAUUUGUUGAAUGCAGCCUAUGUUGAAACUCUUUAUGUUACUAAAAAUUUCCCCCCCUCCUGCACUACUUCAACUUUAGAAAGCAGAAAUGAUCACUUCAGUCAAUGAACCAUUAAUCCUUCAUUAAAGUUCAAUGGAUUUCAUCCUUUGAAACUAAAGUCCCCCCCCCAAAAAAAAAUCUAGUGUUCCAUUUACUAUUGAAGAGUUUUCCCCUUUAUAGAAUUAAGUUCUGAUUUUGAAUGGUGCAGAAAUGCCAAAGCAUUUGCCUCAUUUAAUUUUAUAAAAGCAAGCCUUCUUUCAAAAUGUGACAGAGGAAAUAGUACCACCCUAGGUUCAAGCUUGCACGUUUAACCCAAAGAUCCCGUGACUCUGUUACAUGCAAAGUAAAUACAGUAUUUUUUGCAAUCAUAGCUGUUUUUCUUUGGCAGAUUUUCUGGAGGUUGACAGUGACAGUGAGGAGGAGGAGGAGGAGGAGGAAGAAGGGAACUUAGAUCCUGGGCCAAGCAUGCAUUUCCUCAGCUUAACUGAAGAAACUCAGUAUCCAACUUGGAAGAAGACAUUGUUGCGACGAUCCAAAGAGGCCGAAAUGAAGAGGUUUUGUAAAGCUCAGGCCAUCCAGAGGCGGUUAGAAGAGAUUGAAGUGACUUUUCGGGAGCUUGAGAAGCAGGGCAUAAAGGUGGAACAAUCUCUGCGAGAAGAGGCAGGAACAGAGUCCGAACUGAAGAAACAGUGGAUGAACCAGUUGCUCACGUUGAUCCAAAAGAAGAACAGCCUGAUGUCUGAAGAGUCUGACCUCAUGAUUGAUGUGCAAGAGCUGAAGCUGGAAGAGCAGCAGUGGCAGCUGGAUCAAGAGCUACGGCGCUACUAUAAUCUCGAAGAUUCUUUGAAAACUUCUGAGGACUAUGAGUCAGAGAAGAUAAUCCUGUCCCAACUGGUUGCAAUUGUGAAUCAGCGCAGUGCUCUCAUCGAGAUGCAAGAGAGGAAGCGACUCAGUGAGCUUUCCGAGCUUUCCAUGCACCAGUGAUGGAAAAUGCCUAGGAUAUUUGAGGUCAGGUUUAUCUGGUGGAUAAAUUUGCUGAAUGCCCUCCGUAUUUGGCAUGCCAUUCCAUUCUAGACUCUGACAAAGAAGCCUCAUCUUUUGCAAUUGAUGCAACUUGAUGCAUCUGAUGCAGCUAUGUUUUUAAGUAUUUUAAGGAGUGAUAAGGAAAGUAUGCAAAACUUCCUUUCAUUGUUUGCAGAUACAACUGUUGAAAGCUUUAAGAAAAUUGUCUAUUUGGAAAGAAAAUAAUAUUCAGAAGAUGUACAUAUUAUUUAGCUAUUGUUGUAUAUAUUUGCAGUUAGCAUGCUCUACUUUGACACAGGGCCUCAUCCAACAGAAAAGAUUUCUUUCACCCUUCUGCUGCAGGUGACUGUUAUUUGUGAUCUAGAUGUGGUAAAUUAGGAGGGGCUAUAUUGUUUAAGUGGAGAAGUAUUCUAA